GUUGAUUGUUAUGACCUUCAACAUGAAAUAUUCAACUUCAUGUGAACGUUGUUACCCAAUGCACAAUCGUGCCAUUAAUUAUUAAAAACCCUUGCUCUAAAUAUUUUAAUAACGCUACAAUCACAACUGUUACAACUAUCAGGAAUCAUUUCGAUUUAAAAUUUCUAAAAUGUCCUACAAAACACAUGUAAAGGAGUAUUGUAGGAAUUGUAGUUUUGGAGGUGUCCAUUUUGUAACUGAUGAUGAGAGACAUUGGACUGAAAGAUGGCUAUGGGCAGUUCUCGUUUUUCUCUGUUGGUAUGGAUCAGCACUUCUCAUAAUGGCGUCGUGGGAAGCUUUUGUUGUUUCCCCAAUUAGCUUUGGUGUAGAAACUACUUACAAAGAUUGGGAUACCAAACUACCAACUGUGGCAAUCUGCGAAAUUAACAAUGAUGAUCAAAUUUACAACGUCUCAGAAACAAUCUGGUCAGCGAACCACCUUUGGGACCUGGAAGACGUUCUAAAAGACAUCGCAUAUUUCCGAGGAAUCGCCUACCGUCUUGUUGAAGUUUGCUAUUUACCAAAAAAAAUUGAUCCAUUGUGUCCUCUUGCCAAUUACAGCUAUUACGCAUCACUGGUUAGAAGUUCGUGCCAGCAACUUGUAAAAAAUUGCUCUUACAAUGACAUACAAUUCGAUUGCUGCGAAUAUUUCCAACCAAUAGCUACAGACGUUGGUACCUGUUAUAUCAUAAAUUCGAUCCAAACAAAAAAUCCCAAACCGUAUCCAAUGGCGUGCAACUUAAAACAAAAGGAGGGAAUACUUCGAUUCACCAUUUUAUUAACAUCCAUGGUGUAUACACUCGGUGAAGACGAGGUACCAACAGUAACAACUCUUUAUUCGUCAACAUUUAAGGUUGCAUUUGGGAAGUUUUACCGUCGUCAAGUAACUAUGAGGUAUAUUGAAAAUGAUCCGCAGUUAGUUGAAACGACUCCGAAGCAACGAGCGUGCAGAUUUCAUGACGAGAACGAGGGUGGCCUGUACCCGUUCUACUCAUACAGCGCUUGCAGUGUCAAAUGUAGAAGAGAUGCUCAAAUGGAUCUAUGCCAAUGCAAUGACCAUUUUAUGCUUGGAACUAAAGAAUCAGAGAUAUGCAACAUAACAGGUAUGUGGUGCCUUCACUCGCAUUCCAGUCAGCUGACGACUUUCAAACCCCUCUGGGCUCAGAAAUCAGGACUCAUCUGUGAGUGCUUGCCUUCAUGUGACGAAACUGAGAUAACUGUCAUCAAAGAUGUGUUCACGCCAUUCAAACGUAAAACUAAGAACAGUGUCGUUGAACUGUCGCUUGCUUACUUACCGACGGAGAGGUUUAAACGUAACGUCGUCAGAAGUCGUUUAGACUUAGUUGUAUCUCUGGGCAGCGCUGCGGGUUUGUUUGUCGGGGCCAGUUUACUCAGCUUUGUUGAACUUAUAUUCUUUUUCACGGUACGCCUUAUAAGCAACCUCUGUAUAGCGAGACGUAAAACUGUUUCAAUUAAAUAAACAAAUACAUAAAUGUUUAAACAAACUUAUCGAAUGCAUUUCCCUUAUAAUCUCACAUACAAUUUUUCAAUUUCUAAC